AGACAAAAUGGAUCUGUUGAUUUUUAUAGAUACUGGGCUGACUAUGAGAAUGGAUUUGGUGACCUUACUGGUGAGUUUUGGUUAGGAUUGAGCAAGAUUCAUCGUCUUACUAAAGAAGGAUCAAACACACUAAGAGUGGACCUGGGAGACUUUGAGGGGAAGACAGCUUACGCUACCUACUCUACAUUUAAUAUUAGUAAUGGUAGUACUGAAUAUAUACUAACAGUAGGGGGAUACUCUGGUACUGCUGGAGAUAGUCUGUGGUGGCAUAAUGGAAGGAGAUUCAGUACAAGAGAUAGUGAUAAUGAUGCAUGGUCAAAUAACUGUGCUCAGUUCUACACUGGUGCCUGGUGGUAUAGAAGCUGCUAUGAUUCAAAUCUUAAUGGUCAUUACUUUAAUACUUCAACUAAUAAUGAAGAAGGAAUUAAGUGGUAUGGUUGGAAAUCUACUACUCUCAAGUUCAUAGAGAUGAAAACUCAUCGUAACAAUAAAUACUGUCCCCCACACACAUAAGUGUGUUUACAUUGUGCUGAU